UCAUCCAGGAAGCGGAAGCGCAGCGCUUCGACCAAAGUUUGUUUAGCUUGUUGGCUAAAACGGCAAAGUUUCAGGCGUUUACCUUGGGUUUUCUAAGACAUCGGCGAUAUUAAGCGACUUUAUUAUAGUUUAAAGUUAAAGUACUGGUCGUGCGGAACAAAAGCAUCUGGUAAUGGGGGGGACAUCGAGCAAGUUACCGAAAGAUCUUCUCUCAGAAUAUCAGGAGCUCACAUUCCUCACAAAGCAAGAAAUCCUACUGGCACACAAAAUAUUCUCUGAACUGCAGGACAAGGAAAAUGGGCCGUACAGCUCCAGGGUGUCCAUGGAGAAGGUCCUCACACUUCCUGAACUCAAGUCGAACCCUUUCAAGAAAAGGAUUUGUCACGUCUUCUCAACCUCCGACAUGAAGGACGGCAGCUUGAGCUUUGAGGAUUUCCUGGACCUCCUGAGCGCCUUUAGCGAUUCGGCGACCCUGGAAAUCAAGUCCCACUACGCCUUCCGAAUCUUUGACUUUGAUGACGACGGGACCCUUGACUCUAGAGAUCUGGAGAAGCUGGUCAACUCUCUGACCGGCGAGACGGAUGACACGCGUCUGACCACAGAGGAGAUGAGACAGCUCAUAAGCAACAUCCUGGAGGAGUCGGACAUUGAUAAGGACGGCACGGUCAAUCUCUCCGAAUUUCAGCAUGUCAUCUCCAGGUCUCCAGAUUUUGUCAGUUCAUUCAAGAUUGUGCUGUGAAGUUUACACAGAACGGGAGACGCUUUCCGGUCCGGAUGAUUCACCUGCGCCUUUGAUCUUCAUUAACGCAGCGUCCUAAUUGUGAAUGUAUAUUCUUAUUAAGUAUUUCUACCAUUUAUACAUUUUUACUUGCUCCGUUUAAAACAAAACCUACUUUCUAUCCUGUAUUUUGGAACAUAUAUUUGUAUCUAAUUUAAUAAACUCAAAUUCAGCGAC